AUCUGGGACGUACUACAUCCGUGAUUAGAUGAACAUGGCGCAGGGGAAACAGGCCGUUCGUGGACUGUAAACAAGAGGAAAUUUUGGGAUAAGAUCGACAUCGUACCAUGCACGUGUGAAAUGGUCUCAAUCUCGAUAUACUGGACCGUUUGUUCUGCUUCAUUGAUGACUACGAGGCGACAGAUUGAGUGCAACACAUCGAAUUGCAUUCAUAAACAUUUCUAUAGGACUUCAAACCCCUGAGCAUUCAUUGUUUUGGAUAUUGAAAACAAACCUUGUUUUAUUGUGGAUGACAUCCUUCACGACCAAAUGGCUGCAACUGGAAAAGUCAAACGGAGUAACGUUAAUGAUUUGCCUCAAGGUGUUGAGAGGUUGAAAGAGGAGCACAGAAAGGUGGUGAAAGAUUGCAGAAGUCAAAUUGAGCAUUGGGAAAAAGUGGAAAAAGACUAUGAAUCUCUUCAGGACCGCCUCAGGACCUUGCCUGACAAGUUGUCUUAUGAUAUUAUGGUACCAUUUGGUCCCUUGGCUUUCAUGCCGGGAAAGCUAGUUCACACUAAUGAGUUAACGGUGCUCCUCGGGGAUAACUGGUUUGCAAAGUGUUCUGCCAAACAAGCCGACACUCUUGUGGAACACAGGAAGAAACAUGUCAAAAAUGCUCUAGAUGACUUACAAAAAGUGAUGAAGAACUUUCAGAACAGGGCUGAUUUUACAAAGGAUCUUGAAAAAUUGACUGGUGGUACUGGAGAUUUUGUAGACAUUAGAGAAGAGGUAAUAAAUGAGGACGAAGUUACCAAAGGAAAACAUCGUUUGGCCCACAAACCCAACUCUAAACCUAAGCAGGAGUAUUUGUUGGACCUGAAAGAGGACAAAGAGAAGGAAGAAGUUGAUGAAGAGCGAAAGACAGGGGUGCUGUCAGAGGAAGAGCUGUGGGCUCGACUUGAUGAUCUAGAGCGUCAGGAGGAACUGCAGGAUGCGAGAUACCGAUUGGACAGCACAGACACUAAUGGAGAAGACACCACUUCCUCCUCAGAGGAAGAGAAGGAAGCAGAUGGUGGCAGCGGUGUCCAGGUUAAUGGCCAUCAGAAGGAAAAUGGCUGGGUACCGUCAUCUCUCAGUCAGAUGAACGGCAUUAAUGGCUCGCACCCUGAGGAGGAGGAGGAGGAAGAUUGUGAGGAGGAAACAGACAAUGGGCUUCCAACUAUCUACUUUUCUCACACUGUGGAAUUCAAAAAGGUCAGGAUAAAUACAGGAAAGAACACCACUCUAAAGUUCAGCGAAAGAAAAGAGCAAAAGGAGCAGGCCAAACGAAAAAAGAAAAAUGGCAAAAGUAACGGCCAUUCUCUCGAAAGUUACAAGAUCACAAGCCCAGCAGAUAUUUAUAGGGUGUUUGUGGACUUGGUGAAUGGAGAGCCAAUACCACGGAAGUCCAUUUUGAAGUCUCGCAGCCGCGAGAACAGCGUGUGCAGUGACACCAGCGAGAGCAGCACAGCUGACUUUGAAGAGCGCCGUGCGGCUUUUGGACGUUCAUGGAGCCAUGAUGAUGCCAUGCAGAGUGAUACCAGCGAUGGCAUUACAGAGGAGGAGAGCCCUACUGGGACGAGUCCCCGCACUAACGGACGCUUUGAGGCUUUUACAGGCACAGUGAUUGAAAAGGACCCCCUGCCUUGCUCAAUCCCACACCUGACCAUCGCCCCUCCUGCCUUACCCACAAUCCCGGAGAGAAAGCUGGAGGAGGUGGGCCAAGAAGCACCUCAGGAGCCACCCAAAAGGAUGUCAAAAUUCAAAGCUACACGGUUACAUCAGAAAUAAGAGUUCAUCUCAUUAGGGCACAAUGUUUGAAUUCGGUUAUAUAGCUACAAGACUGAUGUCUCACUAGUUGUCCUCUGCCUCUGUUCUCCACACUGCUUCUAUGCUGUCAUCUGUCUCAUGUUUCGUUUUGUGACAUGCACGCUGGACAUUUUAUUUGCUUUAUAUGAGAAAUGGAGAAUUUACAUGAUUUUUCCUAACAGUUUGCUUUUUUUAUGGCCAAAUAGUUUAAAUAUGCACAAGCUGCACAUUUUGGUAUAUUUUUACGUUUAUUAGUUAAAUAAUAGUUAAAAUAGAAACGAAGAAGUAAAAAUAUUAAAAUGUUAGGGACAUCAUGACUGCUGUCAUUGUUGUGACGUGGUCGAUGUGGAUUCUUUGGAAAAUGCUUUAUCAAAGGAAUAAACUUCUGUUAAUUCAUAAAAUAUACGUGCAACUUUGACCUAUAUUGGCAAUGAAUCAGCGGUCAAUUUCUGUCGGCUUAAAAAAAUGUUUUAUCCCUUCUGAACUCUGUCUUUGACUCUCCUUUAUCUUCUUUUGUAUUGUUUACAGAGUUUUGGUUUUGUUUCUGACCUAAUGUACAUCAGCUUUUUUUGUGACUGCCAGAAAAAUGAUGUAACUGAAAAAGAACAAAAUAAAUGAUUUUGACUAUAAGCGCUU